AUGUUCACUGGUGUUGGCUGUGUCGACCUGCGUCAGCUCGACAUGUCUCUGCUCUGCCAGCUGUGGUCUCUCCAUGAGGCCAUCCAGGAUUACAAGGGCUCCUCGCUUCUGUCCGACGCCUCGUUCACCGCUGAUAAUGGAUACUCAGAGGAGGAGGAGGAGGAGGAGGAGGAUGACGUAGAGGAGAAAGAUGAGGAAGAGACAAGAGCUCUCUCACAGCCUCCGUCGUCUUCGUCCUCAUCUCUGCCUUCACCCAGCAGCAACUCCAGGGACCAGUGGAUCAAAGACUCCUUUCAUAUUCCCUGAUAACGAUACAGACUAUAUGCACUGUAUGGGCACCAUGAGUGUAUUUUCUCAAAGUUCAAACUGUCUCUUUAGGUCCCAUUUACACUUGUUUUUUAAUAUUGUCCUGAUUUCCAGUAUUUAUUCUAAUCCACAUUCAUUUUUUUAAACUUUAAAAUCAGUGCCUAUUUGAUAGAAAAUGAAUGAAUCUGCCUAACACUUCUUCAGCCCAAAAUGACUUCAUUUGACAUUCCACUAAUGCGGUUGGUAAUUUUGGACAAGAAGUUUGUAACAUAAGCACCUACAUAUGUGGCCUUUAAUUAUUUUUUUUAACAAGUUUUUGCUCAUCUGGUUCUGGUUUAAAUUCAGCUUCAGAUUAGGUGAGUUAUACCUGCGUACGAUGGUUGUAACAGUUUGUUUGCACGCUACACGAUUGAGGAUGAUGUAAAGCACCAGGGUUUGUGAUCUACACAGGGUUCCGUAUUUAAUGUAAAAUGUGUCUUAGAUGCUUUGACGGUGACGGUUUAAACCAGACAGUUGUUUUAAAACUUAAUCCACCGCUGUGCAUUUCUCUGUCUGAAAUCAUAUCAGCUGCUCUGUGAUACAGGCUGUUGAGGAGCUCUGCAUUCUAGCCACAUACUGCCACAUAACUCCUGCCAUCUCUUGUAUGUUGUUGCAGAAAUGAGGCCAGCUUUAAGAGAAGAAAAUCAAGAGAAACAAGUAAGAUUAGCUGUUAUCAGUUAUAACAUGCUACAACCUGCUCCUUGUUUGGUAUUUAAAAUGAGCUAGGAGGCAUACUGGGUUUUUCUGAACAUAUUAGGUUUGUGUCUUUGAUCUAUCAGGGCGCAAUUUGUGGUUUCAUGAUGACUUCAGACACCUUGUUUUAUUGUGCAAAGCAGUGACUGAAGAACAUAAGGUCUGACGGUUGAUAAUCUUUAUUAUGCUGUUUUUAUGAGCACAGCAUGCACAUUUUAUAACCCAAAUAUGAGAAAGAAAUUCUUUGAAAAUGACCUUGUUCUGUUAAACCACACACAGUACAGUGCAGUACAAGGAUUCCUGAUUUCUCAUUGAUGUGUAGUUCUCUGCAAAAAAAAAAAAUUGUAGCUUUUAGGAACAUUUAUCCAUCACACAGUGCCAUCGGUGAUUACUCCCAGUUUCAUUCUGCAGCUUGACAAUGACCACAAACAGUGCCAACAGGUUUUUCACAGUGGUGUCUUUAUUUAUUUAUGGGAAAAAAACACGUGUAAAGUCAUUUUAUGCAGCCUUAAUGGAAAUCUUGGUUUUUAGUCAUAUGGAAACCUGCUGGCUAUGAUAUUAUUUAUGCACUAUUGUCAAACUUGGCUUCCUCUUUAAGGCUCAACUAAUAAUAAAACUAAGAAAAGCUGGCAGAUUAUAGGAAACAAUGCUUUUGUCUUAAAUUAAGGGUUAGUCCUGAGAGAAUUCUUUUCUGAGGUCUUGAAUUCACACAUAAUAAUCUGUUAUCAACUGCCUUGUGAGGAUUUUAGCCAAAACAACUUAGGUUAUUAUUAUUCAGUAUUAUUCACUUUAUCACAUUUCCAAUGCCAUAGAGUAAUAUACCAUUUAAAACUGUACAAGUAUGACUGUCAAACUCUGUUCCAACAGAUUAAAGUUAAACAGUCCCUUUAGUGAAAACAGUCUUGGAUCAAAUCACUUGUUAAACAAAAUGUGUCACAGUUUUCUGUGCAGCUAAAUCAUUUGAGAAACCAAAUGAAUGACUCUUUUGUAUUUAAAUCUGAAAAUAAAACCACAGUGUUAACCACA